AUGGAUCCCAGCGGACGUGGGUCCAAUCGAGGCGCUCCUCGCCGAGGCGGCUCCGGUCGAGGUGUUCCUAGAGGAGUUGCCCGUGGCCGGGGUGGUGCCAGUCGAGGCGCUCGUAGCCAAAGUGGCCCUAGUCGAGGAACCACUGCCAGUGGCCUGUCUAGUGGCGGUCCCAGUCAAGCAGGCACAACCCAGUCCGCCGCAACCCAGCCCGCCACAAGUCAAGGUGGUCCCAAUCUAGGCAAUCCCAGCAACAUCAUCCUACCAGUCAACCGCAGACUUGGCUACCAGGAAAAUCCUCCUGAUCCUCCCCCGCCGCGCGACGAUGGGGAACGAGAAGCGCGUAUAACGGCGCUCAGACACCAGCUUGCCUACCCUCACGCCUUGCCGGGAGCCAGGUUGCGCUGGUAUCUCCAACGCAACAAUUGGGAUGUCAACCGUGCUGCAGCAGAAUUCUGGCAGUACGUGGAUAACCCGUCAGCAAUCAACCUGCCCGACAACGUCGUUCCGCCAAUUAUUCGUCGUGGUACAACUGUUGAAAGGGAGCGACUCCAACAAGUUCAUGACAUGCAGACUGCCCUUCGGAAAGAAUUCCCGGAGAGGAGCACAGGGAAUGUCGAAAUGAUGCUUUUACAUCAUGCCUGCAACUUUAUCACGGAUGCUGUUGACGAAGAACUUGCAAAGCGGAAUGGGGACUAUGACGAUUUCGAACUCGAGGCUGCAAGAUUAAGUCAGCCUGCGGACAGUCAGUUGGUCUUGGACCAAAGACUCGCUGAGUUCUUGCACAUGUCAGCCACUAACAGUGUGUAUUCUGCCCAAAAACUGCUCGAACAACACGACUGGAAUCUAGCCUCCGCCACCGAAGCUUGGAUGGCCGCCGGGGGGUUGCACGUGAUCUUCCCACCUCAGGAAUCUGAAGAUCAAGAAGAGCAUAAUGGGCUCCGGGGGAUCAAUGUCAACCGUCCUCCGCAGGUGCGAAAUGGUCAGUUCCAGUUCUUUGAUGAUGACCUCGACAAAUUCGAUCAGUGGGUUACCGAGAAGAGCAAGAAGGCCGGAAAGGGAAGGGCAGGCAGCGACCCGGAGAGCAGCGAUGCAGAGACUGACAUCUCAGGAGGCCAUGCUGAUGAGCUUCAGCAGGUGCUCGCCUCUUUUCCCUCUUCAAUGAGAAAGCGAAGGAGAAUCAUCGCUGAUGAGUCUAGAUCAGCACCUCAGAACGAGCCGCAAACUGGCGCUGAAGACUCGCGCCAAGGUCGAGGGGUAGGAGCGCGUCAAGCCCGAACCCGGAGUUCAGGUCGAGUAGCAAACGUUGACCCCAACAAAGGAGAGAGCGACGAGGCAAACAAGAUGGAUGUCGAUAUUAAGGUAAAGAUCCCGGGUCGCGACUAUAUCCGCAGUGGUCGCGGCGCCACAGGCAUUCCUCGUGGCGCUCCCAUCAACCCUGAUCGCUCUCCGGCCGUCGUCCACUGUCCAGACCCGACCAAGUUCUAUAUCGAAUAUAUCAAAAAUGGCAAGUACCACAUCGAGUGGUUCCAAGGGCGAUUCGGCACCGGGAAGAAAAACAACGCGCCCUUCCGGUGGAACGAAUUGCCCGAUAAUACGGUCAAAGAGGUCGAAUUUGAUUGCCACAACAAAGAACACAUUACGAAAUUGAACCGCUGGAGGAACGACCGGUUUGUCCAGAUUACCGGCGUCGGCAAAAAGGAACCGAAUGGUGGGCCUUUCAACAAAUAUGAGGAGCAAUGGCUUGUGGAACAGGAAGCUAUGCGGAUCGAGGAGAAAUUCUGCGACAGAGCCGGCCAGCUCCACGGCCACCCUGGUCGGACCGAUCCCCUGCAAUACAUACAGACCCAAGAACGAUUCGAGAACCUCGCCAAUUUUCCUAUCCCAUUGCCGCUUGCAGAACAGCGGGAUCUCGCAAACCGUUUUAACCAGGUCUUCGCGGGCCAGCGAUUCUACGACAAGGAGAUGUACAAACCAGCUUCUGGUGGUGUUGGCAGCUUCGUCAUACAGCGAAGAAGGAUAGACAUGGGCCGAGUAGGCGACGUGCCUCGACCCGCGCGAACGAUGACGGAACUGAGACAGCACAGGUGCCGGAUCGCGGCCCUGUCCAAGCACUUCAUGCUGAAGCAUGAUAAGAGCAAGUGGAAGGAUGUCCAGGACGAGAGCGAGUUGGUAAGCGACGUCGACUCGGACUUUGAGCAGGAGAGCGGCCGCGGUGCCACUGCGGCUCCCGCCGCGGCCAAUGUGAGCAGUGCCCCCCAGGUCCAGUCUCAGCCUGGCAAUCAAGCUCAAGCUGGCACCGGUGCGGCCCAGAACGCCAACGCUGCUGGGGGUCAGACUACCAGCAGCGCGGCCCCGGGUGCCAACACCGCGGCCCAGGACGACAAUGACGUUGAAAUGGGUGGCAAUGACGACGACGAAGCCGAAGACUCGGACUUGUAUGGGUGA